AUGGAAAGGCUGGAGUUGCAAUCAGUAGACAGGCUGAAUUGGUUAAUUCAUCUACACUUUGUGAGGCGAGAGUAUGACAAGUGCCGAGCCCUCAUUGAGGAACAAUUCAGUGACUCUAAAGGAACAUGUGAAUAUGCCAAUUAUGCCAUGGCACUGAUACUGCGAGAGGAAGGGAAGAUUCAAGAAUCCUUUGAACUGUUUCAAAGCUGUGCAGUUCUCAAUCCUUCAAGUAUCAAAAACUUGAAGCAGGCUGCCAGAUCAUUGUUCCUUCUUGGGAGGCAUAAAGCAGCUAUUGAAAUCUACUCUGAGGCCCAGAAGUAUUCUGAAGGAGAUGCAGAAAUACUCUAUAAUAUGGGUCUCUGCCAUAUGUAUUUGGGAAACAUGGAUGACUCCAAGCACUUUCUUCGUGAGGCUUUGGGUCUUGAGAAGAGAGUGAUCAUAUUUGAAACAUUAGCCAAAAUCUUUACUUUGGAGAAUGAUUAUCAGGGAGCCAUUGACAUCUAUAGAGCAGCUAUUGAGGCAUUCCCAGACUGUGUUGAACUUUAUACUCCACUGGGACUACUUUACCUGAAAUUAGGCCAUACCCAGAGAGCAAUGGAGCAACUUGGAACUGCCCUGAAAUUGGAUCCCCAUCAUACCAAGGCCAUCUUAUCCUCUGGUGCAAUUGUGCAGAAUCAUGGAGACUUGGAAUCUGCUCUGAAGAAGUAUCGUAUAGCAAUACAAAGGAUCCCUGAUUCUGGACCAAUCUGGAACAAUAUUGCCAUGUGCUUCUAUGGGAAGAAGAAAUUUGUUGCUGGCAUCAGCUGCUUGAAACGAGCCCUGUAUUUGACUCCAUUUGACUGGAAAAUACUUUACAAUUUGGGCUUGGUUCAUAUUACUAUGCAACAGUAUGCCUCAGCAUUUCAUUUCUUGUCUGCUGCUGCCAACUUGCGCCAAAAGCCAGCAGUCUUCACUCUCCUAGCCCUUGCCCUUGUGCAUCUUGAUGAUCCUGAGAAUGCAAAAGCUGCAUUUGGAGAAGCCCUCAGAUUGGAAAACGCAGACUCUCAUCGGAUGGAUCCUUAUUUGUCUAUUAACUAUGCCCUCUUCAUGCAGUCCCAUGAGGCAUUUCAGCGAUUCAUUGACCAGCUUUCUAAGCAUCGAAAGAAACAACUUGACCCAGAGAUAGCUGAAGCAGGGAAACUUCUUGCAGAAAAAUUUGGGAUUGCCUUCGAGCUGGAUGAGAAGAAGCGGCAGAAGAAAGAGGACUUGGAAGAUGAACAAGAAAGGGAAGAUGUUUAGCUUUUGUGGAAAGAAAGUGUGAUUCCAUCAAUAAUUGCAAAGGUCCAAUGUUUAGAUGGCACCUUCUAAAUCUUUGACGUUGCCCUUUGACUGGGUACACUUCACUGAUCAGGAUGCUAAGUAAAAUAUGGUGAUUGAAGGCAGUAAUUUCUGUUGCAUCAGUGUGUUGGUGCACAUUAUGGCAGUGGCAUCAGUCUGACAGGUGUGGAUGGUGUCUAAGGUCUCCUUGGAAGGUUGAGAUCUUAAUUUUUUCUUUAUUCUUAUAUGUAAUAUUGGCAUUGCUCUGUGUGGAC